AUGCCCCGAUUUCCCCAAAACUCGAAACAGGCGAUCGACAAAGUUCAAUCUUUGAUCGCUCGACUUGAUGCGACGAUCCAACCACCUCGUCCCACCGAUUCUCGAGAAGCUCAUAGACGAUGGAGAACCAAGAUCCAAGACGCGUAUAACACGCUCCAAGGGAUCUCUCUCAUCUUGAUCUCAGCCAGUCCAAUCGGUGGGGAUGACCUCUUCCGCCAACUCUCCGCCAUCAUACUCGACGCUUUCGAAAUCGUGCUCUCUUGGAUGCGCCAGGUUCUUCGGGAUGACAAACUAGCCUAUGGAACCCUUCUCUCUUUCUUCGGAGCCCUUGUUAUGUUCGAAGGAGACCUCAAGUUUGCUGUGUUGACCUCACCUUGCGCCAUGGGUGUCGCGAUCGCGUUUUUAAUCGCCAGCAUCGACGCGGUCAAGUUCAGGUAUGAUGCCCUAUCGAAGAUCAUGGAGAUCAUCUACCGCCAUGGUGUCGCGAGGAAGAUCUUGUUCGACGCCGUUUUGGCCUCCCCAACAGCCACAGUCAAGACUUUUACCCAAAACUCACUCUACUCGUUCGAGUAUGUCCAGGCUGCGCUCGAUGAAGCCGGAAGUGGACGAGUCGGGGAGCAAAAGCUCUACUCUCUCUUCUGUAGCGUCCACAGAAGCCUGGAAUACCUCGUCUCCGACACUCGUUUCUCUGCCUACCUCCUCCGCGAAAACUACCACCGUCGCUACCUCCAACUUCUCCUGAGCGCACGCCAAAUCAUGACCGAGACCCGCUCCCAACGGAUGUUCUCAAACUUCACCGCCAACCUCUUCCAUUUCGUGGACGACCACAAACCUCACACAACCAAGAUCGUUCUCGAGUUACUCGACAUGGGAGCGUUCCACGUUAUCUUCCAUGGCCUCCUCGAAGCUCGAGUCGAUACUGAUACCGGGCCUCUCAUGAAGGCCUUGUUCGACCUCGCCUUCCAGAUGAUGUCGCGUCGCGUCGCCAAUUACUUGAAGAGUUUCACGGAGGCUCUCCCGGAGUCCACGAUGUAA